AUGGACCACGGUCCCAAGGAAGGGGACUCCGUCGGAGCCGCGGCCGGGGACGCCGCUCGGGGCGCCGCCUCUUCCUCCGGCGGGGUGGUGGUGCAAGUCCGGGAGAAGAAAGGCCCCCUGCGCGCGGCCAUCCCCUACAUGCCCUUCCCCGUGGCCGUCAUCUGCUUGUUCCUCAACACCUUCGUGCCGGGGCUAGGGACGUUUGUGUCGGCCUUCACGGUACUGUGUGGAGCUCGAACUGACCUCCCUGACAGACACGUUUGCUGCGUCUUCUGGUUGAACAUUGCUGCAGCGCUGAUUCAGAUCCUCACCGCCAUUGUAAUGGUUGGAUGGAUCAUGAGUAUAUUUUGGGGGAUGGACAUGGUCAUUCUUGCCACGGAACGAAGGUGCAGAGCAGCGGAGAGUGACCUUCACUGAUCACUUUUAUAGCACACCCCACCCCAGAGGUGCUGCCACAUGGAUUCUUGGACUGGC